AUGUUUUCUGGCUCCAUACCUGCAGAAUUCGGAAAGCUGCAAAAGCUUGAAAGAUUGAGAAUUUCUUCAAACAGUCUGACAGGAAAGAUUCCCCUUCAGUUGAGUUACUGCACAAAACUGGUAGAACUGGACCUCAGUAACAACAAUCUUACAGGACACAUUCCUAAAGAAGUUGCAUCAUCUUCAGCAUUGAGAAAUCUUUUACUGCAGGAUUACAAACUUUCUGGUGCUAUUCCAGAAAACUUCUUUUUCACGCAAGCUCGUGGAGCUGCAGCUAGGCGACAACUUACUGGAAGGUGCCUAAGCAAUCUAGGCAAAUUAAAGGUCCUUGAUAUAUCAAGCAACAAAUUGUCAGGUGUAAUACCAUCAGAAGUGGACAGAAUGAUGUCCCUUUCGUUUCUCAACAUAUCAUUUAAUAACUUGUCAGGGAAGACCCCCAUUUCAUGGGAAAAAUUAUUAAAUUCACAUCCAGGAUCUUCGAUGGGAAAUCCAGGACUGUGCUUAUCAGGCACUGAAGGAAGUCACUGCAGCAAGCAUGUGAAAGGAUCACAUGUAAAAUGGAAGAUCCUGGCUGGUGCAUUUGGUGGGGGAGCGCUCUCAAUGAAUAACCAUCGGCUUGACAAGCGCCAAUCAACGUUUAAAGAUCUGCCUGAUGGUAUAAAUUUUGAGGACAUUCUACGUGCAACAGAACGCUGGAGUGAUAAAUACGUUAUCGGCAGAGGCAUUGGGGCUAUCAAGAAGUUUGACGUAACUCAAAAAGCAUUUCAUAAUGAAAUAAGAGCCCUAAAUUCAGUCAGAUAUCGCAAUUUGGUAAGACUGGGAGGAUACUGCACCACACCUGAUUAUGGCUGCAUUCUGACAGAAUAUAUCCUUAGAGGGACUCUUCGUGAUGUCCUUCACCUGAGAAAACCACCUGUGAUCUUGGACUGGGAAUCUCGCCACUGUAUUGCUCUUGGUAUUGCUCAAGGACUGUCAUACCUUCACCACGAUUCUGUGCCUCAAAUCAUUCACAGGGAUCUCAAAUCAGAUAAUGUAAUGCUGGAUACGGAGAUGGUGCCAAAGAUUGGUGACUUCGGGAUUGCUAAGAUAGUAUCAGAUUCUGAUGAUAACUCAACAAAUUCCACAUUUGUUGGUGGAACCCUAGGAAAUAGGAUACAUUGCUCCAGGUUAGCCACACUUUACUAUGCUAGUUUUCAAAGUAUACUUCAGUUGGCAAACUACUUUGAUGAACUAAUAACUUUUAAUACUUCCUGCCCCCCUUACCUUGUCUCCAUCAAUUCAGAGAACGCAUACUCAGUUCAAUUGACAGAGAAAAGUGAUGUCUACAGCUAUGGAGUUCUUCUACUGGAGCUCUUCUGCAGAAAAACACCAGUAGACCCCAGCUUUGAAGAAGGAUUAUACAUUGUUUUCUGGGUGAGGAAGAAUUUGCAGAGAAGCACCAACAAUUUCCUUUGUUUUCUUGAUGAAGAAAUUAGUCUUUGGGAUGUAGAAGAACAAUUGAAGGCCUUGAAAAUAGUGGAUCUGGCACUUCAAUGUGCUCAACUUGAGGUAAACACCAGGCCUGCCAUGAGGGAUGUAGUGAGAUACCAGAAACGUGGUCCUAUACCUCAGGCAAACGUUACCGAAGAGCCUUUUGUGGCAAUGAUUACAGACAUAAACAUGAUUGAGAAUGUUGAUGGAUGGUGGGCUGAUUCUGGUGCAAACCGUCAUGUCUGUUAUGACAAAGAUUGGUUUAAAAAAUAUACUUCUUUUGGAGAGCCCAAAACCAUCAUGCUCAUCUUUUCGGCCUCAUUGCCUCAAGAUUCUGUUCAUCUACUUGGAUUUCGAAGCAGUCUUCCAGAGACAUCUCAACAAUUGCUCCCGUGGAAUCAGUCUCUCUCACACUGCCAAUGGAAAGGUGUUUCCUGCUAUUCAGAUACAACUUCACAUGUCGAAUCACUGAAUCUAACAGACUUCCUUCUAUCUGGAACCCUGUACAAGGCCUUUCCCAAUCUUUGUCGUCUUUCUCGCUUGGUCUCUCUUGAUCUCAGUGGCAACUAUUUCACUGGAGGCAUCCCUGAUAUGCUCGCAAACUGCAGCCAACUUGACACAAUUCUCCUCAAUGACAACAGAUUUUCAGGAUCCAUCCCACCAGAGAUUUUCAAAUCGAGCAAACUUAUAAAACUUGAUUUGGGUUACAAUCAGCUCAAAGGCACCAUUCCUUCUGAGGUAGGCCUUUCGACAAGCCUACAAUAUCUUGGGCUGUGGAACAAUUUCCUUAGUGGAAUAAUUCCAAAAGAGCUAUUUGGUUUGCCAAACUUGACAGAUCUCUACAUCCACACAAAUAAUCUAACGGGGCCUCUCCCAGACUUCCCAUCCUCAUGUUCACUUUCCCAGCUUCUUAUUCAUCAGAAUCACUUCUCAGGUUCUUUGCCAAUUACCCUAGGCAAUUGUCACAACCUUACUUCAUUCUCUGCAGCAUCUGCUCAUCUUGGAGGAGUUAUCUCCCCAGAGGUUUUUAGGGGCCUUUCAAAUCUCGAAUUUCUCUAUUUAGAUGAAAACAACUUUGAAGGGGAAAUUCCUGAGACCUUAUGGAAUGGGAGCUUACAAGAGUUAGCUCUUUCCUUGAAUAAGUUUAAUGGUAGUAUAUCCGAAAAGAUUGGUGGUUGUGAUCUGAUAAAUUACGUUGAUUUGUCAGUUAAUAAGUUAACUGGUCAGCUUCCAAGAUCAGUUGGACGUCUGAAGAAUCUGAACAAGCUUUUUCUGUAUGGUAACAUGCUUAGUGGUUCAUUACCAGCAGAACUUGGAAAUUGCACUUCUCUUAUUGAGACAAGUCUCGUCAAUAAUUUCAUCGGUGGGGAAAUUCCUCCAGAGCUCUGCAACCUUCACGCCCUAAUAAAAUUUCAAGUGUACGAAAAUAAAAUUCAGGGCCAAAUUCCAGAAUGCAUUGGCAGAAUAAGCAAACUGGAGGAGUUAGCUCUUAAUGAGAACCAAUUGACCGGCAAGAUACCACCUGGAAUUACAAAUAUGACGAAACUUAUGUUUCUCUCUUUGGCUAAUAAUAACCUUACAGGAGAGGUACCACCUAAUCUUGGAAAAAAUAAUUUCCCUGGCUUAGUUAAGGUUGAUUUAGGUUAUAAUAACUUCAGUGGACCAAUUCCUUCUGAACUAUGUAAUGGCAACAGGCUUGGAGUCCUGGUUCUUGAAAACAACAUUUUUAAUGGCAGCUUCCCAACAUAUCUAGCAAAAUGCAAAUCCCUCUAUAGAGUAAAACUUCCCAACAACAAUCUGCAGGGGAGUAUUCCUGACGACAUUGAAAAGAAUGAGAACAUUUCUUACUUGGAUGUUCGACAGAAUAUGCUUGUAGGAAGGAUUCCAGCAGCAUUUGGUUACUGGACCAAUCUUUCAACGAUUGAUCUUUCCGAAAAUAUGUUUAAUGGCUCCAUACCCGCAGAACUUGGAAAGCUUCAGAAUCUUGUAAGACUGAGCAUUUCUUCAAACAGACUGACAGGACAAAUUCCUCUUCAGUUGAAUUACUCAGCAAAACUGGCAGAGUUGGAUCUCAGCAACAACAAUCUUUCAGGAAGAAUUUCGAAAGAAAUUGCAUCAUCUUCAGUAUUGACAAAACUUCUACUCCAGGACAACAAACUUUCUGGUGCUCUUCCAGACACUUUCUCCUCCUCACAAAAGCUUGUAAAGCUGCAGCUCGGGGACAACUUGCUUGAAGGCUCAAUUCCUUGCAGUCUGAGUAAACUUAGGGAACCUAAUUUUGCACUGAAUCUGAGCAUGAAUAAGUUUAGUGGUCAAAUUCCUAGGUGUCUGAGCAAUCUAGACAAUUUAGAAAUCCUUGAUAUAUCAAGCAACAACUUGUCUGGUGCAAUACCAUCAGAAAUGGACAAGAUGAAGUCCCUUUCGUUUCUCAACAUAUCAUUUAAUAACUUGUCAGGGCAGAUACCCAUUUCAUGGGAAAAACGAUUAAGUGAACAUCCAGGAUCUGCCCAGGGAAACCCAGGACUCUGCUUAUCAGGCAUGAAAGGUAGUAACUGCAAGAAUGUGAAAAAAUCACAUGUAAAAUGGAAGAUCUUAGCUGGUGUAAUAAGUGGAUGUGUGUUUUCCGCGUUAGUCAUAGUUGCAGCAAUAUACUUGCUAGUGACUUGGAUCCAACACCCUUCCCUGCUGAAUAAGCACCAGCUCGUCAAGUGUCAGUCAGAAAUUGAAGAUCUGCCAGAUCGUAUAAAUUUUGAGGACAUUGUACAUGCAACAGAAGGCUGGAGCGAAAAAUAUGUAAUUGGAAGAGGCAAGCAUGGAACUGUUUAUAAGAUGGAAUCUGUGAAAUCCAAAAAGGUUUGGGCUGUCAAGAAGGUUGACUUAGCUCAGAGAACAUUCAACGAUGAAAUGAGAAGCCUAAAUUCUGUCAGACACCGCAAUUUGGUAAGAUUGGGAGGAUACUGCACCAGACAUGGAUAUGGCUUCAUUCUAACAGAAUUUAUCCCUGGAGGGACUCUUCAUGAAGUCCUUCACCAGAGAAAACCACCUGUAAUCAUGGACUGGGAGUCCCGCCAUCGUAUUGCUCUUGGUGUUGCUCAAGGCCUGUCUUACCUUCAUCAUGAUUCUGUUCCUCAAAUCAUUCACAGAGAUCUCAAAGCAGAUAAUGUAAUGCUGGAUUCUGAGAUGGAGCCAAAGAUUGGAGACUUCGGGAUUGCUAAAAUAGUAUCAGCUUCUGAAGAAAACUCGACAAACUCCAAAAUUGUUGGGACCCUAGGAUACAUUGCUCCAGAGAAUGCAUACUCAGUUCAAUUGACAGAGAAAAGUGAUGUCUAUAGCUAUGGAAUUCUUCUAUUGGAGCUCUUCUGCAGAAAAAUGCCAGUAGACCCCAGCUUUGAAGAAGGAUUAGACAUAGUUUUCUGGGUGAGGAAAAACUUGCAGAGAAGCAACAACAAUUUCCUCUCUUUUCUUGAUGAAGAAAUUAACCUUUGGGAUGUAGAUGAACAAUGGAAGGCCGUGAAAAUAGUUUAUCUGGCACUUCAAUGUGCUGAACUCGAGGCAAGAACCAGACCGGCAAUGAGGGAUGUAGUAAGGUCUCUUGUCGAGUUGAAUCAUAGAUGUCAAAGAGAAGAAAUGAAACUUUGAUCAAUGAAAGCCAUGAUCAACUUUUCCAAA